GCAACCCUGCAAGGGCGGCAGUGUGUGGCAGCGCACUUUCAGUGAGGAUGGUAAGGUCCAUGACCCAGAGAGGUCUCUGAGGCCGCCCAACCGCUGCCGAUAUGCAUCGGCAGAGCUGGCUUUUGACAGCGGCACUUCGCAGUACUGCCUGAUCUCCCACGAAGCAGAGCCCGAAGAUCUCUUAGAGACCAUCGUUUGCCCGGAGUGGGGGCUCCGCAGCCCCAACCUGAUCCUGUCCAUCAUGGGCGGUGCCGG